GUGGGGCGACAAAUGUUGUCAGUUCGAAUUCGGUCUUCGUGUCGUAUACAUUUGCUGCGCGUUUGCCCGCUAAAUACGAAAAAUACGAUCACUGAACCAACCAAGGAAUGGAAAAUUCGGCCUAUGUGCCCAAUUCGGGGCAUUUAAAUUCCCCGGCCUUGGUGGUGUUUUCUCAAGCCGGUGGUCUACUUCAGCGUCCCUUCAACCCUCAGUUCGCCAUGUCGGAGGCGUCGAAGGAGCUGCACCGACCGUUCACGGCCUCCAGCUUCGGCCUCCGCCACAUGGAGGCGUACGGCGGCAUCCCGGCCCACAUCCUGAACCACCUUCAACCCCAAUUCCUCCAUCCGGGCCUCUCCCUGGGCUCGGGCGCCUUCCGUCCCCUGGCCGACCUGAAGUCCUUCCCGUCGCCUUCCGCCUUCACGCCGCCCAAGUGUCUGAAGAUCGAGACCAACAGCGACGUCCACUCGAGCCACAGCCACGGCAUAUUCUCGCCGUCGGAAGAACGGAUUUUGGGCCCGAGUCCCAGGACCGAUUCCUGUUCGCCGGCCAGCGCCUCCAUGUCGCCGCAGCCGCAGACGGCGGUCAAGGAGGAAAGUCUGGACGCCCAGAUGUCGGAGGACGGCGAGGCCCACGGCGCGGCCCACGACAACGACUCGCCCGGCAUCCACGAGGAGAACCGGAGCUUUAGAAGAUAUCAUGAUGACAGUAGAAAAUUUUUACUAGGCCCUCUGUUCGGGGGUGGAUUCAACAAUUCGGGGGGGUACACUUUCUCCGUGCCCGGACUACCACCAGCUGCACACGCUUUAGCCAAGACUACGUUCCUCUUCGAUCACGACAUCGUGUUAAACAAGAAAAAACGCGACCCAUCCAGUUGUCCGGUGUGCGGCCUGACAAUCUCCCCCGGCGACCUAGAGACCCACUUCAUGCACGAACUGGAACGACUUUACAAGCUCAACGGUACCGGAAUAGCGUCGACGAGGAAACGACGCCCGGAGCCGGGCAGACCUCAGGCGCUUCCAGGCGACCAUGGACCGGACGGCAGAUGGGAGACUUUCCAGAGGAUAAAGACGAACAGACAGGGACGGUUGCGGUUGAAGAUACGCAAACGCAAAAACGACGACAACUGUGCCAUCUGCACCGACAGGCCGCACAGAACGCAGGAGGAGAUCAACUUACACGUGGAACAAUGCACCAGGAAGAACGCCAUGAACGACGAGGAUGAAACAGUGGACGUGGAAGGCGACUCAGAGUUGGAAGAUUGGUCGGAGGUGCAGGCGAGAAGGGCUGCAGCUUUGGUGGGUACCAUUCCGAGCAGUACUGGAAGAACAACGGAGAUCGAUAACGAAGCCGACGACGUGAUCGUCGACGGUGAUGAUCCGGAGGAACACAGCUUCGGUCCUUCUCAAUACACCGAAUCAGACGUCGUGGUUAAAGAGACCAAAGAGAAGGACGGUCAAUCGCAGGUAGCUACUGUUAACUCCACAGGCGACGUCGAAGUGAAGGUGGAAAGUAACGGCCAACAGUGCGAUAGUAACGUCAGUACGUCUGACGCUGAACCAAGUAGUAGAAUUCAAUUAAUAGAAGAACUGAGGAAUAGAAUUCGACAGUUGGAGGCUGAAGGGGGAGGCGAGACCGCCACAAGUACAGACCCGGAGGAUUAUAAAUGUUUAAUUUGCUUGGAGCAUUACAAGAAGCCCGUAAUAUCGACAGUUUGUUGGCACGUUCAUUGCGAGGAGUGCUGGUUGCACACACUGGGGAGCAAAAAGGUGUGCCCGCAGUGCAGUAUGAUCACUUCCCCAACAGAUCUCCGUCGUAUUUUUAUGUAAACGAUAUUGACGUAUAUCCAAUAAACUACUAAACGUUAAAAGAAAUGUUUCAUGCACCGUACUUAUAUAACUGCACUAAUUAAUAUAGAAGAACAGCUUAACAUACCUAUUCCUUAAAAAAAUACUGUAUAACCCCUGAUCUAUAUAUGUCUCUUUGGAAAUUUCUAUUAUUUCUUUUCAAACUUCAUCGAAAAGUGUAAACAAAUUUGUUAAUUAAAAACUUGUUAUGAUAUUAGGAUGUAUGUAGGUUGGUAGAGUUUUUCAUUUCUGAAUGGUAUAUAUCCGAAAAUGAUAUUUGUAUUAUUUAUGACAUAUAUCUUAUUUUAUUUGAUGUUAUUUUUAAAUUAUUUACUAUCUUUAUAAUUAUGUAAUAUAAAUAUUUAUGUUGUUUGUAACUAUUAUUAUAUGUUAAAAUUGUAUCAUA